GAGAGGCGGCUUGCGGCGGGAAGUAUGGCGGCGUCUGAGGGAAUGAGCGGAGUGAGUGCGGGAUGAGAGGGACGGCGGUCGGAGGUGACACUGUGACGUUCCUCUUUGUGCUUUUACUGUUGGAUAAGGACUCGUCCAGCCAAAGCAUUUCAUGAGGAGGACUGAGAGGGGACACCCUGAUGGAAGGCUCUUCGUCUCCCCACACCUCCAGGCAGGCAUCUCGCAAACGGGAACGGAGUGUGGAAAGCCGGGGUGGAUCACGCAGCCGGGUGACGGCCAAGCCAGCGAAGAAGAUGCGGCGGACAGCGCAGUGGAAUGCCGCUAACUACACGGUCCAUGAGACCGACAGUGACAUGCUCCUGAUCAUUUCCAAUGAGGGCAAGGUGCAGAGGAGGCCCAGGCCCAGAAAGCCAAGGGGCAAGAGGAACAACUGCCGGCUCAGCAAGAAGCCCAGUGCUCAUGCGGCGAAUCCCUCUCUGCCCAAAACGAAGAUGAGGGGCACCAGCUCCGAACGUGCUGAAGGUCAGCACAGCGCAACAGAUCCAGAAGCAAAGGGCCAGAAAGAAGAGGAGGUUGACCGGUGGGGCCAAAAGCUUCCGAUUGAAGUGUUGGUUCAUAUCUUCCAUUACGCGGUGUCAUCCGGUGGAGCUGUACCAUUUCUCUGCAGAGUGGCUCGAGUGUGUCAGCUGUGGAAUGGAGCCGCUGAGAACCCCAGACUGUGGCGCAGGGUUACCAUCUCUCACUGCUGGGCCAGUCCUGGAAAGAAACUGCAGCCUGUGGUUCAGCGAAAAAUCCAGAACACAUUAAGCUGGCUGACAGAGAACAGGUUUUCACAACUUCGUGAGUUCUCUCUCUGCCACUGGAACAACCUAGUGAGUUACACCCUGAAGGCUGUCGCUGAGUCCUGUCCUCACUUAACCUCCUUGCGACUGACCAACUGUAAUGGUGUCUCAUCCGAUGUCUUUGAAGCGCUGGCUACCCAUUCCCAGAAGCUGGAAAGUCUGAAUCUACAGCAUUCAGUGGUUGACACAGCAGCAGUAGUCAGUUUUCUGGAGGCAGCAGGUUCAAACCUCAGACAGCUCUGUGUGACGUACAGCAGUCGCCUGCACACCAUCUUCAAUGCCAUUAUGGCUGGCUGCUGCACUGAACUCAGACUACUGGAGGUCAACACCGAGAUCAAGCAGACUAACCCCUACUUCCAGUUUUGCAUUGAGAUGCUACAGGCUGGCUGCCCCAAACUACAGGUUCUGAGACUGCUGAAUCUGACCUGGUUCCCAAGGGCUUGCACAAUGGUCGUUUCCCCUGAGGUUGGCUUCUCUGAGCUGGAGGAGCUGUGCCUGGCCACCUCGUCCUUCUCGCUGGUCACAGAUGAGGUUCUGGUAAAGCUGCUGCACCUGUCGACCAAGCUGCGGACCUUGGACCUCCGAGGUUGCUAUCGGAUCACAUCGGGGUCACUACAGCUUCUGCCCUGCCAAGACCUCUCGCGGUUGUUCCUGGGGCUAUACUGCAGCACCACCACGCUACUGCUGGCUAAGCAGGGCUCACAGCAAAUAGCUCUGAAGUGGAGACACUCUUUGGAGGAGCUGGACAUCACUGGUCAGUGCUACAAAGAGAAGGACCUUGAGCUGGCCAUGGGGAUCCUGGCAGGGACUGAGGGCAAUGUCAUCCUGCGCUCUCUCAACCUGGCUGGGACAAAAGUCACCCUGGAUGCUAUCAGGGUGGUGGUGAGCAGCUGCUCACAACUCAGCUACCUGAACCUCACAUCCUGUCGCUGUCUGCCCCGGGGCCUAAAGCGCAUCUACCGAGGCCAGGAUGAGAUCAGCCAGUUCAUCAACCGCCUGCUGAGCCGCAGCGUGGGAGAGCAGUGACCCACUGGGGACCACAGGCCGCGGGGGGAGGCUGACAGCUAAAUGCUCUGCUCAUGAGACACCAGGAACAGCUGCAGCCCAAUGGUAGAAACAAAGGGCGGUGUAAUAGGCUUGCCUUCGUAAAGCUUUUAUGUCUGGCUCCUUCCUUAAAGUUCAAAGCACAAUCGAUAAAUAAAGCAAAAAAAUAUAUCAACUGCACUGUGCCGGGGCCUGGGACUGCUGAGAUGUAUUGUAGGUCAGCUAACGCGUCGUACAGAUUGGAACUGACCUGGGCUGCGGUCUGCAGCAUUUAUUGUUCCAAACCGAGCCUGGGCUGAAGUCAGUUUGCUGCAAAAUACUCAGAAGAGUUACUGAUUCCUGAUCUACAUCUUGAGCAGACCACAGGAUGUGCUCUGAGCCUGCAGUUUGAAGGUGCCUUGUGAGGGAGCUGGGCAGACGUUGCAUGCAGAUGCAAUUCAUAAAGGAAGCUUGGGCAAGUCGGAUAUUAAGGGGAACAGGUUUGGGCAGUUGAGGGUUUCCUGAGGCAAUACGUGAUCACGAACUGCAGCGUGAUGGUGAGAGGUGAACUCCCGCUCUUAGAUCAGGGAACUGGUUCACGCUCCAUUAGUCACUAAAUGUAAACUAAGCCUUGACUGUGGAGAGUAGCCACCUGUAUAUAGUUAUAAACAGUUUGGUCUAGGCACUGAGGAGAUAAAAAAUCUAUUGCCUUAAGGUUAUUCCAUUUCCUUUACAUUCCCCCAACCCCAGCAUCAUACAGUGUUGCAGUCCACUGUCCAAGGUGCUCUGAUGGUUUUCUAGGUUGUGCCUUAGCUAGGUGGGUCUUUUAAUUUUACUUCCUCGUAAGGAACUUGUUGGUUGCUCUUUUUCUUGGAGCAUGCCCGUAAUUGCUCACUUAUUAGUGUUUGUUUUUUAAGAUAGUCUGUGUGGUGCCACAUGAUGCAGUUUCUUACUUCCAUGCGUUGUGUAGAACUUGCCCCACUGUCUUCUCGUUGAUAUACUGAUUAAGGACCUAGUCAAAGGAACUGGUUCCAAAUGUCCUAAUGGUUGAGUAUUGGGAUUCACUAUUAAUGUUCAGUGAAAUAACAUAGAAAAGCACAGCACAGCACAGGACAGGCCUUUCAGCCCACAACCUAUCAGCCUACACAGCUCUUUAUUUUCUAUCAUCCCUGUGCUUAUCCAAGGGACUCUUAAAUAUCCCUAGUGUAUCUGUCUCUUCUACCAACCCUGAUCGGGCAUUCCUCGGACCUACCACUCUGUUUUAAAAAAAACACAAACAAACAAUCUCUGACAUCCCCCUAUACUUUCCUCCAGUCACCUUAAAAUUAAGCCCCCUUAUAUUUACCAUUUCUGCCUGACCUUUCUCUCAAUGCCUUUAGCAUCCUGUACACCUCCAGCAAGUCACUUCUCAUCCUCCCUCAUACCAAAGAGAAAAGCCCUACCUCAUUCAACCUAUCCUCAUUAGACAUGCUCUCUGAUCCAGGCAGCAUCUCUUCUGUUUUCUAUCUAAAAACUCCACAUCCUUUUCAGGCAACCAGAACUGAGCACAAUACACAAUAAGCAGGAUUUUAUAGAGCUGCAAUAUUACAUCGCAACUCUUGAACUCAAUCCUCCAACUAAGAAAGGCCAACACACCAUAUGCCUUUUAAUUCAACCCUAUCAACUUGUGAGGCAACUUUGAGGGAUCUAUGGACAUUGACCACAAGAUCCAUGUUGAGGGAAUCUGUAACACUGCUAAGACUCUUACCAUUAAUCCUGUACUCUGCCUUCAAGUUCAACCUUCCAAAGUGAAUCACUUCACACUUUUCUGGAUUGAACUCCCAUCUCCAAAAUUACAAUAUUGGAAAUCUUUGAUGCCAGUGUUGGAUGUAUCUGUAUUUGUAUUAUAUCCAUGACUAAUGGCCCCAAGCCCAGCAGAAAGCCUUGGAAAAUGGCUCCAGCAGGAAUCCUACAUAUUCUGGGGCUCCUUGCAUACACGACAGGGACUUUUCAUCAGUUAACAUUGAGGGUCCAGAAACACACUUGGUGUUGCUCAGGCCAGCCUAUUUUAAAACCAUUGUAAUUGUCACUGUAACUGAGUCGAUGUCAGCUUAUUGCCCCCGCUCAUUUGGAACAUAGGCAGUUCCCAUGUAACCAUCUUUCCCUCACCAAAAUCUAGAGGGAAAGGUUUAAGGUGAGGGGAAAGAUUUCAGUGACCUGAGAGGUGACUUCUUCACCGGGGUUGGUAUGUAUAUGGAAUGAGGUGCCAGAGGAAGUAGGUAUAUUAACAUUUGGAUAAAUGUAUGGAUUGGAAUUGUUUGGAGCAAAUGUACCCACCCUAGGGUCCAUGGACCCCUUGGUUACUGGGUAGGGGAUCCAUAGCAUAAUAACAGUUGGGAACUCUUGGUUUAGAAGGAUGUGGGCUAAACAUUGGCAAAUGGAACUAGCUUGGUGUGGACACGGAUUGAAGGGCCUGGUUCUGUGCUGAAUUACUCUAAGAGAAACUGACAGUGCAUACAAUGAUCUUGAUUGUAUGUAUGAAGUAGGAAUGUGCAUUGUGAAAUGUGAUAUUUCUGCACACUGGUACCAGCUCUUUGGUUUUUGACUCAGGGCUAUUACUAAUAACCUUGUAAAAUGCUCGUUUUUUUUUAAAACCCUCUUAUUGCAUGGAAUGGUUGUAACGUGCAGUCACGGUAAUCGGUCAAAGGGUAGCCUACCCAAGGUCCCACUAGAGGCAGUGCAUUUUGUUCAGUCCAGGGGGUGGUGAGCAGGUCGCUUGCAUUUGUUCUGCUCAUUCAAGAUCUUCAGGCCCUGUAUCAUUCAGCCUCUACCCCCUUUGCGCUGUACAGGUACCGUCCUCCACAGGUGCAACUGGUCACCUGGUCUGGGCCACAGACCUGCUUUAACCAGGAGCUCCUUCCUUCUUGCUGAGUACAUAUUGAGAAACUGAUGAUUGCCUUUCUGUGUUGUGAAAGGGAAAGCAUUGGCCUUUGCUGUGGUGCUUAAAUCAUGGUUUAUUACAAAAAAUGUGAAUUUUUAACUAUUGUGAUGAAACGUUUGGGGGCUUUUGCCAGCUUUCGGUCUCAGGAAAAGGUGCCUUUUCUCAGCUGGGCCACAACCUUUCAGCAUGGGGAGAAGUUGGAUUCUCACUGCAGCUGUUGAGCUUGGCCAAGUCAGACAUGUGGGUCUUUCCACUGAUCUCUGUGCCCCAGCCUUCUAUUGAAGGCAGGAGAGUCCAGCUGAAGCUCUUCCCACUCCUGCUGUAGCAACCCAGUCCUUUACUUGGUGGUCGUGUUCUACUGGUCAGUGUUUAAUAGCAGGAGGUAUAAUCCCAGCAAGUAGUUUUCUACUCUGCUGGUGGUGGUGGGUGUCAUGGGGAGCAACAACUCAUCAGCAACUAGUAAACCAGUGCGUGGUGCUUUAACAAGCUGGCAAAUGCUUUUAUGUUAUGAAAAUAUUUUUGGAAUCUUAGUGGUCAUAAACUACUGCUAUAUGCAAGUGUGGACAUGCAAUAAAAUAUUUGUUAAAGCCAAUGUUUAUUCUUUUUGCUGUUGCAAAUGAGUAUUGUGACCAUAAAUGAUAUUAUAAAAGAUUUAAUGAGCAAAUUUGUGUGAUGUCAUUU